AGUGUUUACAAGCGCGCGCGCACGCGGGUGGCGUGAGUUUCCACCGCGUUCGUCAGUCGGCAAGUUCAUUGCGUAGAAAAAAAGAGAAGUCAUGGUGGAUGCCUGCUUAAAGCAGUACACCAAAGUGCUUUCAGCCCUUCUCGAGAUCGGAGUGUUGCAUUCCUUUCGCUUCGAGUACGACACCUCAUGCGCGGAGCCGCCAGCGGAACGCUCUGCUUCCCUGGCACUGGCGUUAGACGAGUUGAUACGUCGAUGCCAGGAGUACAAGAAUAGUCUUCCGUCCACCCAACCGUCUUCCCCGAGUGUUGACCCCAAGAUUGUCCAAAUCCAGGUUGACCGAAAAGUGAUCAACGACAGGAUUGACGCAUUUAUAACCAGGAAACGAAAAGAAGUCGACGAGUGGAAUGUCCAGGAGUUCUGCUGCACAAAAGCAAGCGAUGUUGACAGUGAUGCAGAACAAAGUUGUGCACGGGUUGAUUCUGUCUUCGUGCCCAGGUCUGGUGGAAGCAGCCAUGUCAAAGUCUCCAGGGUUGUCAACCAGUGGGGUCCAAUGACGAAGCUCAUGAGGCCCACAAGUAGCCACACUCAAAGCCCCGUCAAACAGGAGCACCAACUCACCGUGCCCGAAGGGAUCGAAGAAAGACUGCGCAACAUGGAGUCCCACUUGAAGCUGAAAUCUGGGUGCGCUGUGCCUCACGACGUCUACGCUCGGCUCAAACAACUGGAAGACAGAAUCUUGUACCUUGAGGGAAUAUCGCCAGACUAUUUCAGCACCACGGCUCAUUCGGCACCUCCAGCACAACGUAGCCGGUCUAGUGACACUUCAAGAAAGUACGAGGAUUGGAGCUUGGCCCAGAUUGAAAGCAGGAUCGACCUUCUCAAGAGUCGUCUGAGAGAAAAGACUGAAGCAUCAUCGGAGCCGUCCACAUCUUCCAUGGCGCUGUGAAAUGACGCAGCAGCAGCAAAGACGGAAGACAUCACUCUGUACAGUUCCGUGACAUAAUAUUUAUUCUAUUUUUCUUACGUAACAGUUGUUCAGAGAGAUAUGCUAUGAUGCCUUUUGAACAUCAGAGUUCCUACGUGAGAGCGUGGCAUUAAUCGCAAAUAAAUCCGGACACUUUCAAUACAAUAAAAUGUGCGCAUAAAGUGUGCGCAGCUAUCGAC